AUGCAGGUUUCAUUGACCCGAGUCCUCCUGGCCGUGCUGCUCGCCAGCGAGGCCGCUGCCGCGCCCGUGCCCCAGGGCGGCGAGGUUGGCCUGGCCAAGAGGAAGGUUUCCGACCUCUUCAAGCUGGAACCUCGCGGCAUCGACGUCACCAACCAGGACAAUGCUUUUGGCUUCCGCAAGUCCAGGAGGGAUGAGGCCGAGGCUACUGAGGAGGCUGAUGCCGCUGAGGAUGAGGCCUCCGCCGUCGAGAAGCGUGAAGAGGCCAAGGCUACUGAAGAGAAGAAGGCUACUGAAGAGAAGAAGGGUACUGAAGAGAAGAAGGGUACUGAAGAGAAGAAGGGUACUGAAGAGAACAAGGCUACCGAGGAGGACAAGGCCACUGAAGAGGCCAAGGGUACUGAAGAGAAGAAGGGCACUGAAGAGAACAAGGCCACCGAAGAGGACAAGGCUACCGAAGAGGACAAGGCCACCGAGGAGGCUGAUGCUUCCGACGAUGCCGAUGCCACCGACGAUGCUGAUGCCACCGACAGUGCUGAUGCCACCGACAGUGCUGAAGCUGCUGAUGGAAAGUCCAAUGUCGAUAAGCGCGAAGAGCCCCAGGCCGCCGACGAGGCCGAGGCUGCUGAUAAUGAUGAGACCGCCGAGUAG